AUGGCGACGACGACGGUAACGGCGACAAUUCGAAAGAAGGACGCAAACCUGCCGUCGGAAAACGAGCGCUUCCUCCGAUGCUGUGCGGAUAUUGCUAGCGCACUAAUCGAAGACCACGAAGCGGCCAGGGAUCCGAGCCGGCCUCGAAAAGACAUCAAUCUCAAUACCCUCCGAUCCAAACUAGCCAAAAAGCACAAGAUCAACAAUGUACCGCCUCUUACUGCCAUUAUCGCGGCGGUACCCGAGCAUUACAAGAAGUACAUUCUCCCAAGGCUCAUCGCGAAGCCAAUCCGCACAUCUUCCGGCAUCGCUGUGGUGGCUGUGAUGUGCAAGCCACACCGUUGCCCUCACAUCGCCUAUACAGGAAACAUUUGCGUCUAUUGCCCCGGCGGACCGGACUCAGACUUCGAAUAUAGCACACAGUCAUACACAGGCUAUGAACCAACAUCUAUGAGAGCCAUUCGCGCUCGCUAUGACCCGUUCGAACAGGCUCGCGGGCGAGUCGACCAGCUCAAGGCUCUCGGCCACUCGGUCGAUAAAGUGGAAUUUAUCAUCAUGGGCGGUACGUUUAUGUCAUUGCCGGAAUCAUACAGGGACGAGUUCAUAUCGCAGCUUCACAACGCGCUCAGCGGAUACGGGACCCUGAACGUGGACGAGGCCGUCCGGGCUGGCGAGCAGAGCAGCAUCAAGUGCGUGGGCAUCACCAUCGAGACGCGGCCGGAUUACUGCCUGCAACCACACCUCUCCAGUAUGCUCCGGUAUGGCUGCACCCGCCUUGAAGUGGGUGUUCAGUCGUUGUAUGAAGACGUCGCCCGCGACACCAACCGUGGCCACACCGUAGCAGCCGUGGCCGAGACUUUCUGCCUCUCCAAGGACGCCGGCUUCAAGGUCGUCAGCCACAUGAUGCCCGAUCUUCCCAACGUCGGCAUGGAGCGCGACCUGGAUCAGUUCAAAGAGUACUUCGAGUCCCCCGCCUUCCGCACGGACGGCCUCAAGAUCUACCCGACGCUAGUGAUCCGCGGUACGGGGCUCUACGAGCUCUGGCGCACAGGCCGGUACCAGAACUACACGCCCAACGGGCUCAUCGACCUGGUGGCGCGCAUCCUCGCGCUCGUGCCGCCCUGGACGCGCAUCUACCGAGUCCAGCGCGACAUCCCCAUGCCUCUCGUCUCGUCGGGCGUGGAGAACGGCAACCUGCGAGAGCUGGCGCUGGCGCGCAUGAUGGACUUCGGCACGACCUGCCGCGACAUCGAGCUCGUCCGCAGGGACUACACGGCCAACGGCGGCUGGGAGACCUUCCUCGCCUACGAGGACCCCAAGCAGGAUAUCCUGGUUGCGCUGCUGCGGCUGCGCAAGUGCAGCGAGAAGUACACGUUCCGGGAGGAACUGGUCGGGCAGCCGACCAGCCUGGUGCGGGAGCUGCACGUCUAUGGCAUGGCGGUGCCCGUGCAUGCGCGCGACCCGCGGAAGUUCCAGCACCAGGGCUUUGGGACGUUGUUGAUGGAGGAGGCGGAGCGGAUCGCGCGGGAGGAGCAUGGGAGUGAGAAGAUUAGUGUUAUCUCGGGGGUGGGCGUCCGGAGCUAUUAUGCCAAGUUGGGGUACUGGUUGGAUGGUCCUUAUAUGACGAUCCUGCCAGGGUCGGAGGGUCAGUCUCUGGUCCGAUGUCCUUCGAAAACGGCCAUGACGAAUCAUGAGCAUCCCAUCCCCGAACCCCGCAGCACUAGAUCGGACGGCAGGUAG